AUGCCCCCUCCUCACCUGCCCCCGAUUCUAGGGGGAGCGGGCGACGAGGGGGACUCACCAGAAGGGGCAGCUGUCUCACAGCAGUCACUUUCACCAGAUCCGGUCAUUGUACGGCAAGUUCCAAACCUACCGGCGACGAUCGAUGACGGACUACCGACACCCCAGAGCUCCUCCGGGGGUGAAUGCGGGGGUACUCAAGGACAACGUUCAGCGCCACUACGAUCCACGCCGGAAGAGAUCUUUGCGGCGCUGGUAGCGGAAAUGAAGGACUCGCCAGACAUUGGACAGGUGAGGCAUGGAGAUCUAUGGUGCGGGAGUUAUUCGCGGAGGUCUUCGCUAGUGUACCGGUGA